CUGCCGUACCUGGCAGACUGGCACUGCAGCACCACGUGGCUGGCCACAUGGUCCACAUGGUUCGGAGUUAUGCGCAUCAUUGACACCAACAGUGCCGAUGUCGGUAAUUGGCCCCAUGUCAGACAGAGAGUAUACGGGUACGGGAUGAGUGAGAAGGAUGGUAGAUGGCUACGGAUGAGGUCUGGAUAGAGGAAGGAUUGCUUACCCCGAAGCAUGAUCCUUCAGGUUGAAGUCUUACGCGGCGGGUGUAUAUAUAGGGGGGAAGUCACCGGGGUAGAAGAGCAUUAGUCGAGCAGCAUCGAGCAGCAUCGAGCAACAAGCGAGCAACAAACUGUGAUCGAAAUGGCCUCUCUUUCUCUUCGGGUUGCAGGAGCUCUGCUUCUUCAAUCGUUUUUGACUACCGCACGGCCUCUUGGCUCGUCUUUUGGAUAUCCCGCUAAUGCGACGUAUGAUUAUGUCGUGGUGGGAGCGGGUAAUGCCGGUGCGGGUCUGUCCUACCGUCUCGCUGAGGCAGGGUACUCGGUUGCUCUGGUUGAGGCGGGCAGUUUCUAUGAAAUCUCCAAUGGCAACCUGACUCAAGUCCCCGGUGAUGAUGUCUACUGGUGUGGCAAAGAAGCCACCGAUACCAACAGCCUGAUCGACUGGGAUAUCAUGACCACUCCUCAAGCGGGUUUGAACAACGCCUCCACGCACUACACGCGCGGUAAAACCCUCGGCGGCAACACGGCACGCAACUACAUGACUUAUCAGAUUGCCACCAAUGCCUCCUACCAGAUGUGGGCCGACAUGGUUGGCGACGACAGCUACACGUACGAGAACUUCUUGCCCUACUUCCAGAAACACAUGCACUUCACCCCUCCUGAUAAUGCCACCCGGUUUGCCAACUCCACCCCGGCCUACGACCUGGAUACCAUGGGCACCGAGGGCCCGGUAUCCGUGACUUUCCCCAACUACGCCGGUGCAUUCGCUACCUGGGUCGCCAAGGGCUGGAAGGAGCUCGGGGCCAAAGCCAUUGAUGGCUUCACCAGUGGUCGGUUGAUCGGAUACUCCUACAGUUUGGCCACCAUCCAGGCCGAUAACCAGCAGCGUGAGACCUCCGAGACGGCCUACCUGCAGCCGGCGAUUGCGGAGAACCUCAACCUCAUCAUCUACCAGUCCACCCUGGCCAAGCAGGUCCUGUUUGAUUCUUCGAAGAAGGCUACGGGUGUGCGUGUCGUCUCGGCAGGCCAGGAAUAUUUCCUCUCUGCAUCCCGCGAGGUGGUCGUCUCUGCGGGUGCUUUCCAGUCGCCCCAGCUGUUGAUGGUUUCUGGUAUUGGUCCUUCGGCAUUGUUGGAGAAGUAUGAUAUUCCGGUUCUGGUCGAUAGCCCUGGAGUCGGUCAGAACAUGCAGGAUCACAUCCUCUUCGGCCCCGCGUACCGCGUCAACCUGGUCACCGGCUCGUCCGUGAAAUUCCCCGAAUAUCUCGCUGCCGCGAUUGAAGGCUACAACAGCCAACCUCCCACCGGCAUCCUCACCAACCCGGGCAACGACAUCAUCGCAUGGGAAAAAAUCCCCUCCUCCCUGCGCUCCAACUUCAGCAGCACCGCCCAAACCGCCCUCGCGCAAUACCCCUCCGACUGGCCCGAAGUCGAAUACAUCCACAUCGGCGGCUACUUCGGCAACCAAGAGAACUUCGUGCAAGACGCGCCCCAAGACAGCUACAACUACGUGAGCAUCGCCUCAGCCCUCAUCACGCCUCUCUCCCGAGGCACCGUGGAAAUCACCUCCGCCGACACGGCGGACCUCCCCGCCGUGAACCCCAACUGGCUCACCGACCCCACGGACGUGGAAGUCUCCAUCGCGGCGUUCAAGCGCGCGCGCCAACUCAUGAACACCACCGCCCUCUCGUCCAUCGUCAUCGGGGAGGAGUAUUUCCCCGGUCCGAGCGUGCAGACCGAUGAGGAGAUUGUCGCGUGGUUGAGAGUGGCUACGAAUACGGUGUUCCAUGCCAGUUGUACGUGUGCCAUGGGCAAUGAGACGAAUCCGUUGAGUGUCAUUGAUUCCAAGGCGAGGGUUUAUGGGGUGAGUGGGUUGAGGGUGGUGGAUGCGUCGAGUUUCCCGAUUUUGGUCCCGGGACAUCCGAUGUCCACGAUUUAUGCGUUGGCGGAGAAGAUUGCGGAGGAUAUUAUUCAGGGGAACUAGCGGUCUCUUGGUAGGUGUGGCGGCUCUUGAUUGUUGGAUUCGCUCCUUGAUCUUUUUUUCCUUGUUGUCGUGUCAUCGUUGAUAUUUCUUUGUUUCUUGCCUCUAUCUCUAUUCCUAUCUCUAUCUCAAUCUCUAUCUCAGUUCGUUGUCAC